CUGCAGAUACGCUCUCGCCAGUAGUCGAGUGGUGGUCAGCUAGCGAGCUGAGGCCACUCGUAGGCAGUCCCGUGAAUACACGGCGGCGCCGGCCGGCCGGUGAUUUCGUCGCUCCACAGCCAAUAGACUAGGUUCUAGAGAGAGAGAAAUCUUUACAUCAGAAGAGAUCCAGCGAGAGGGUGGGGGAGAGUUUUAGAGGGGCAGGGAGGGGCCAAGAUAGAGGGGAGGGUGCGCAGGAAGCUGAUGAGGCUCCUGUCGUUCGUGCCCUGCGGCUGCCGUGCUGGACCCAUCGACGACGCGCCGCCUGCGGAUCAGCUCCAGCAGCAGCAGGCUGCCGCCACCAGGGACGGAGGCGCCGCGGCGAGGAGGAGGCGGAGGAGGGCCCGGUCGCUGGGCGGCUCGCCGCAGUGGAGGCCGGCGCUCGGGGACAUCUAUGAGGGCGUCGCGGUGGACGCCGGCAAGGGCGCACCGGGUGGUGCGCGCGUCGUCCCGGCCAGGCCCGGCGCCAGGGUGCUGCCCCGCGCGCACAGCCGCGAGUACAGGCACAUCGAGACGGCGUCUUCGAUGCCGGCGUUCGCGCCGACGGCGUUCCUGUUCUGAAGGCAUCGACCGACCGACGACGACGACGAAAAGGAAUCACCAGAACCGGAAAUCUGUAUACAGAUUGCUGUUACUGUCUACCUACUGCAGAACUAAGGACCUAUACCGGGAAUAAAUCAGCUCCUUCGCGAGCUGGGUUAGUACCUUAACUACUCUGUCAUCUAUUGAUGCCGCCUGUAUAUGUAGGUGCGACGUGUCUGUCUAGCCAGGCACACUGUUGCUCUGCACAGCUGCAAUCUACAUGCAUCAAACCAUGCAUGCAUGACCUUGUAAAUCCUCAACCCGUCCAGCUCGUGCUGUGUAAAUGUCAUGUACAUAUAUAUGUUUAAUGAUUAUUAUAGCUGGUAUAAAUUGAGUAUAUAUGUUAAUCGAA